AUCGACGCAUCUAUGAGCGAGCUAUAUGUCCAAGGACUGACAGGAGCGAGGAAGGGUCGUCAUGCAUGGAUGGGAUUCGAAACUCGGAAAGUGCCAGAGAAGAAGGACUCGCAGGCGGCGCUGGUGUCAGUGAAGCGAAAAGGAGAGCGUCAGAAAAGGUACGAGGGGAUAUGCGGGAGGUGCGAGUUGGGAACAGAAAGAAGCAUGGGGGAUCUGCCUGAGAGUGACUUGUUGGACGUGGACUGUACCCGCACUGGUGUUCUGUUGUUUCUGACGACUUGUCCACUGCGUCGAGUCUGCCGGGGAUCGCGAACCACGGCGGAGAGGGGGCGAGUGAACUGAACCGGCGGAGAGGAUUGAGAUACGUGCCUGGAUUGACGCUGGGGACGUGCCGACAGCCAGGGGCCUCGGGAGGCAUAUAACGGCCCCAAGUAGCAGGCGCUGAAGCUGCGUCCGUCCUCGAUUGCAGUUGCUUGCUCCUAUUUCAGUUGUUUAUUUCUAAUCCUGGCCUGUGGGUCGUCCUCCAAAGACCGAGGACGUUUGCCUCGUAUAUUAUAAACCCGUCCUCCGAUAUAAGUCCCUCCUGUCCUAAUCCACCGUGCUGUGAACACGCCUGCUCUUUCGUGCUUGCUGGCUGGUUGGGUCUCGUGUUGAUCCUAUCUUCAGCUCUGUGCUUUCCCAUCACCGGCCCCCCCCCAUCUGCAUAACUUAUACUUUACGAGCUUGCCAGUUAUCAUCUCUCUGACGUUCCCUCGCCAAAUCGCCUCAUCAACAUUCAUACUUACCCUUACAAGUAUAAUACCGCUAUCGCCUCCAUGGACACGCUAGUAGCCCAUUCUCAUCACUACGCCAUGGCUUCCAUCCCUUCAUACUCUGCAUCCACGUCUACUCCAUCGUCCUCGUCUUUGCAUUCGCAUUCACAUAUGCGCAACGCCAACCGACUCUACUCGUCCUAUCCAUCCCACCAAGUGAACCAGGAGCAGGAUCAUCGCUUCUCGCCCUCUCCCUUCACGCAGCAAGGCGGAUCGGCGUUGCAGAUCCAGACGAACGCCAAUGGCGUGCACCAUGAGCCAGAGGAAGAGACUGCUCAUCCAUCGAGAAUCCCUCCUCCUUCGCUCUCAUCUCUCAGUCAGAGUCAGAUGAAUGGGAUGUCUCAAAUGCAGGAUUCAUCCAUGUCUUCCAUGCUCGACACCAUGUCCAUGUCAAACUCCCUUCCCAUGUCCAUGCCUUCGCAUCCUUCCUCUUCUCUCGCCCUCGACGCCCCAGAUUCGUUCAGCGCUCAACUGUCCUCGGCUGAUAGCAUCAGCGCAUCGUUUACGGGUCUAAGUCGACCUUUGAACCAUCAGGAACGCGAACUGCUCACGCACUUGGAUCGACUGAAGUUCUUCUUGGCUACUGCGCCGAGUCGAUGGAGUACGGAUGUUGGAGGUGUGGUUGGCGGUGACUCGCUCCCACUGGGUCAUCCAUCCUCGACUCACCCCGCACUCAACCGCUUCCUCCUUCCCAAUAACGAGUACGUCUCAUGCGUACUCUGGGGCGGGUUAUACCAUAUCACCGGAACGGACAUUGUACGCGCGCUGGUAUUCCGAUUUGAAGCGUUUGGCCGACCGGUACGGAACAUGAAGAAAUUCGAAGAGGGCGUGUUCAGCGAUUUGCGCAACUUGAAGCCCGGCGUGGAUGCUUGUUUGGAGGAGCCUAAGGUGAGUUUCUUGAAUCCCUCGUUUCUCCUUUUGUCUUCGCUUUGCUCUCGUUGGUUGCCAUUUGCGGGUCAACCGGUGGGCGGCAUUGUGAACAUGUACGUAGCGGUGUUCGUGCGAAUAUAUUUGUUUGGCUUGCU